UGUUCCAGGUACUAUCGGAUGGCAGCGCUGGUUUACUACGGCUUCAGGAUGCGCUCUGAUGAUGUCCUGUAUGACUGUUUACCCCUCUACCACUCUGCAGGGAACAUUGUGGGGGUGGGGCAGUGCCUGCUGCACGGCAUGACGGUGGUCAUCAGGAAGAAGUUCUCCGCGUCCCGCUUCUGGGACGACUGCGUGAAGUACAACUGCACUGUGAGUGCCUCCACGCUGCCGGCUCGUCCCACUCCGGUUUUCACGAUAACCCGGCUCGCGGUGACUUACUCGCACCUGACCAUUCGCGUAGUUCAUUCAGCCUCUGCUGCCAUCCAGAGUGACUCCUUAUGCCUUCUUUCUGUCUGUCGGAAGGUGGGCGCCUGUGGCUUCAACAGCCGGAUCCUGCCCUUUGUCUACCCCACCAGGCUGGUGAAGGUGGACGAGGAGACCAUGGAGCUGAUCCGCAGGCCCGAUGGCGUCUGUAUUCCCUGCAAGCCAGGGGAACCAGGGCAGCUGGUAGGCAGAAUCAUCCAGAACGACCCGCUGCGGCGGUUCGAUGGCUACGUCAGCGAGUCCGCCACCAGCAAGAAGAUCGCCCGGGACGUCUUCAAGAAGGGGGACAGCGCGUACCUCUCGGGCGACGUGCUCAUCAUGGACGAGUUGGGGUACAUGUACUUCAAGGACCGCACGGGGGACACCUUCCGCUGGAAGGGCGAGAACGUGUCCACCACGGAGGUGGAGGGCACCCUGAGCCGCAUCCUGGACAUGACGGACGUGGUGGUCUACGGCGUGGCAGUGCCAGGCGCUGAGGGGAAGGCCGGCAUGGCCGCGAUUGCGGACCCCCACAACGGGACGGACCUGGAGAAGUUUGGGAGGGAGCUGGAGAGGGCGCUGCCCCCCUACGCGCGGCCCGUUUUCCUCCGGCUCCUGCCGGAGGUCAACAAGACAGGGACAUACAAGUUCCAGAAGACCGAAAUGAAGAGGGAGGGGUUCAACCCCAAUGCGGUCUCCGACAAACUGUAUUUCCUGGAGCCUAGCCAAGGGAAAUACGUCUCAUUGGACGAGGAGCUGUAUCAGGACAUCCUAUCAGGAAAGCAGAAACUGUGACGUCCAGGACUGAGAUCUCUGACACCUCAGAACCUGAUGCUGCAGAUCAGACCCUCUGCAGCAGGAGCAGAGGGGCAGUGGGGGGAGGGGGGGAUAAAGAUAUAUAAUUCAAUCCUUAAUAGUUUUGAAGAACGGAGACGGAAGCUGAUUCUAGGGCUGAAAUAGAUGCGCACAGAGGAUCAAAAGGGGCAGGACUUGACAGAUCUGACUCUCAAACAAAGUAAAUAAAUCUUCCUUUGUUUCUCUGGCUGGCGUGAAAUGAAACCCUUUCUCUCUUACCUGGGGAAGAGCCGCCUGCUGAUCCGGUAUAUUCAGGUUUCUCAGCGGGGUUUGCCGUCGGUUAACUGUCAGGCCCUGCAGAGUCGUUUUUUUUUUUUUCCCAUUUUUAAAGUGACAUACCGCAGCUGUAACUGUUGGGUAUUUCCGAAAGCACAUGCAGAUUUUAUUUUUUUAAUUUUGUCAUCGUUUUUAUAUUUAAGAUUUUAAAAAAAUAUAUUUUGAAGAAUGUUAACCGGUGCUUUUCAAUGUAUGCUUAGCAGGUGUUGUGAGGCCAAGAUUGAAGGCAUUUCUCAUUCGUUUGAGUUUUAAUAUAGAAUGUUGCGAGAAAUAAAUGGUGUUGACUUACCAAAUCCAAACAGAAUUUAUUACAUUCGAAUUUUGUUGUUAGGUGUGGCACAUAUCGCAUUAUCUGACCAAGUGCAUUUUCCAAUCUAAGCCUUGCGUUCUGUUAAGGCUGCUGUACGAUCUGAUUGCUAGGUGUGUGCUGGGUUCAUUUUAAACUAUUUCAAUUUCAAUUCUAAAGACGAGUCCUAGCUGAAUGACAGGAAGUGUCAGGGAGGAAGGCAAUUAGACUUGCACAAAGUGAGAAGCACCUAGAGGUGUGUGCAACACCUAUAUACUUCCCCCAGUUUCUUCUUCGCCCAUCUUGAGACAUCCGUUCUCCGCUCUUGUGUGCUAUACUUUUGCGCAGCAAAAAUGCUGGCUGCAUCAGCGAGGCUUAAUUAACAGGAAAGCACAAACAGAAUUGCUCCUUCCAAAGUUUAAAAAUAGCCCAAACCCUUUGCAACUGCCAAGGCUUGCAAAGACAGACUAAACACUCGAUACAGGAUGCAUCUGGAGAGUAAUAAAAAAAAAAACCCUGCAAAUGACAAGUAUGGUAGAUGGGAAGAAGAAAAGAUUUGAAUGAAAAACGCCACUUUUUUUCUUAUUUUUUUAAGAACGCAGGUUUGUUUAACAAACAGGCCGGAGUCACAGAUCAGGCAGGCUUCGGGAAUUUUACACGUAUGGUUGAAAGGGUUACAUUCGCUCAGCCAGAAGGCGGACACGCUGCUCGGAUCCGUGAGAGACAUGUCCACCCGAUUCAUGCUUUUUAAUUGUUUGUGUUUCUGCGUGAUCUUGGUGAAAACGAAGUUUGGUGCAGAAGGGUGGGGGGCCACGUUCCCCGCCCGACUGAUCCAGUGAUCUCGGUGCUAUAAAUGUGAAAAUCCCCAGCCUCUUCGCCGAGGAAGAAUCCAAAGAACACUGAUCCAUUUGCGUCUGAGCUCUCUCGGUGAAAUAUCCAGGGUGGAGGAAAAGGGAGUGAAAAAAACUAAAAUAACUGUCUUUUUUUUUCCCCCGCAAACAUGAAUGAGGAGCAAAGCAAAGUGCUGUGCCUUAACUACUGGAGCACCUGUGCUGGGUCUGGGCCAGAUUUUUGCAGAAAUUGCUGGCCUGCGAGUGGAGAGACAGGACGAUAGUCAGUCUUUCUCCCAGGACAGACAAUAAACAGCAGUUUGGACACCCCCAAAGGAAGAAUUUUUUUUAUUCCACUCAUCCUCUCAAGAAGUCUGGAUAAAGGAGUGGCUUGUAUAGGCUGCAAGGCACACUGCUCUGAUGUGUGGUGGGCUCGAGAGACCCCUUUCAGUGUAUGAUUCAUGUCUAGGGGGUCAAAGGGCAAAGGUCAGAUUUCAGUCAUUGUUGUUUUUUUCUAGGUUUGAUUGUUUUGCUGUUUUCUAGCACCCAGCAGGGUGGUCUCAAAGUCUGGGUUUUGUGUUGUCAUUACGGAUGAUCUAAGGUAGUUUUGGAUUAGAUCCGAUUGAACGCUAGGAAUAAAAAAAAGUGAUCUGCGCGACGGAUUUAAAAGCAGCUCAGUGUGCCUUUUCCCCCUGGUCCACAUUCCAGUUUUACACGCCGGGUGAAGGUGAAACGGCCACUUUGUCACCUAUGCGUCCAGUGCAGUCUUGGGCACACUCUUCGGCUGUGGGUUUCAUCUGUGAAUUUCUGAAAUGUGAUGUGCAGCUGUCCCAGUUUUUAGGUGCAAUAAUAAACAGAUCGCUGAUAAAAGA